AAGAUUUCUAGUGAAAUAAGCACUUCUCAAAAACAACCCAAAUUAAGAGGUCAAUUAAACUCAAUAAAAAAAGCCUUGCAGCUAGAAUAUCCGCAUCAUGGGCAUCUUCCACGUUGUCUUAUUCAAAUUUAAAGCCCUCGUCACCCCGGAGGAAAUCAAGGCGGCCUGCGUUCGGAUGCUGGCUCUGGGAUCAAACUGCAUUCAUCCCACGUCGAAGAAGCCAUACGUAAAAGUACAUGGCGGUGGGAGAGAUAACAGUCCCGAAGGAAAACAGCUAGGAAUGACGCACAUCUUCAUCUUCGAAUUCGACUCGGAGGAAGACAGGGAGUAUUAUCUGUACAAGGACCCCGCUCACGCGGAGUUUGUUACGAGUAUCAAAGAUCUAGUCGAAGAAAUCCAAUCUCUCGAUUUUAUCCCUGGAGAAUUUUAAAUUCUUUAAGCCUUAAGAUAUAGCAUUGAAGCUUUGUGAGUGAUGAGGCUUGGAGGGAUUUUGGGGGGCUUGUGAAAGCCAAGGGUGGUGAGGGGAGUGGAGGGG